UUUUUUUUUUUUACAAUUUCUCUCACUGUAUUAGUUUUCUUCCCUUAGCUUCCUCUUUUGGUUGUCAAUGGCGUUGGAAGCAUACGCAUCACAAAAUACUGAUAAAAUUCAUACAGAUGUUCUUUCACAAGCUCGAAUUUCUUGUUACAAGGCAAGAGAUGCAUUUUAUUCAUGUUUGGAGAAAGAAUCGAACAAGGAACCUACAGAAAUCGCGACAGUUGGGCUUUUAUACCCUGUUGAAUGCAAGAAAACCAGGGAGGAAUAUGUGAAACAAUGUAGACCUACUUGGGUUAAGCAUUUUGAUAGGCAGUAUUGUGGUAAGAAGAGGGUUCAGAGACUUUUGGAUGAUAAUGACUCAAGGAGAGGGGUUUAAAGCUUGGUUUUAAGGAAGAGGCUAGUGCAUAACUCAUUGUCGUGGUAAAUUUAUUGGCUGAUUCUUGCUUUGAAUGUUCCGAAUUUCCAUAUUAGAACAGGAGUACUAAACAUGUUGAAUUUCUAGGGAUCAACCAUUUGAGUGACCUGCUUCUUUUCAUAUUGGUGACUUGUUCUACGUGAGUUUAGAAGAUCCUGAGACUGUAUUUUACUUGCAGAGUGCAAGUAAAUGUAAUGCGGAGUCUCUGCCUUCAGAAUAGGAGUUCAACUCUUAUAGUUAUACAGUUUCUUGAGUGAAGUACUUUUCUGCUACUCUUUUCAGUUUAGUAUGCAGAGUGGUAUUUAUUUGGAUUAGGAUCUUUAUUCUUUUGCUUUUGUUCUUAUAUGGUCAAAGUUGAACAUGUUUUACAAGGCUGUCAUAAUGCCACUAUGAUGGAAGUUGAUUGAUUUAUAACAAGUGAAACCAUUUUGAUGUUCUUUGAAAUGUGAAACUAAGGGGAACUUUUGUCUAUUCUUACUGAAAAACAAGGUAAACAAUUUAUGUUAUUGUGACUUCUUCCUCUA